AUGACCGGCGAACAAACUACCCCAAACCCCACCGAAGAAGAAAGAAAUGCGGUCACAGGCGCUGCCCGCUUUAUCAUUUCAUGGGAAAAUGACAACACCCCCGAUAAUGCAUCAAUCAACCUUUGUGAUAUCCGCCAUUCUACUCGAAAAUCGGUCAAUGCCGUUUUGUCUCGCAGUCGCAAAUCCAUCGACAUCAACGAUAUUGCUGCGUCAUAUGGCUUGCAAUCCCAAAACUGGCGACCGUUAAGCGACUCAGUGCUUUAUGGAGACCAUAUCGCACUCACAGAGACUGCAUUAGACCAGAGCAACUCCAAAAACGCAUUUUCACCACAACGAAGUCAUUUUGCUGGGGAAGAGGUAGCACUUGCUGCCAAACUGCCCCAUGACGCUAAAGUGGUUGAGCGAAUUGCUGCUGCACCUCUCCCUUGCUCUUUGUUGGCCACGUCGCACACAUUAAGUCGGAUUUUCGUCCAGGAUUCAAGAGACUUGUGCGUGCUGCGAGAGCUGAAGGGAUACUGA